AUGGCGAGCGCUGCAGAAGGAACAUGCGCAAAUCCGGGUGGCCCAGUGCCAUCCACCAUCCAGACCAUGGCCACAGACAUCCUACAGAUGUACAAGACCAAGUCUGCAGAGGAGCAAGCAGCGAUCAUCCAGAAGCACUACAGGCAGGAUGCGCGGUUUGUGGACCCUCUAAUGGACGUGGGAACUCCCCGGGAGGUCAACCUGGCCUUCAUUUCGCUCAUCAAGCUCUUCAAGAGCAUCGACAUGGAGCAGAAAUCUCUGACCUGGUCCACGCCGCCUGUGGCGUUGCCUUCUGGCGUCCAGCCUGGCGACCUGCUGCAGGUGCUGCUGAACAACCGGCAGGUGUACCACACUUCACUGGCCACCAUCGAUCUGGACGUGAACACCUACCUCACCAUCGACCCCAAGACGGGGCUCAUUGUGAAGCACGAGGAUCGGUGGAACAACAAGGGUUUCAGGAUGCCAGGGUUCCUAAAGAAACCCAACGGGGCCUUUACAAGCUCCAUCUUCAAGCUCAUUGGCUGGGGCCGCCAGGUGGACAAGGCCGGGCAGGGAGCCAAGACAGGCACCCAAUGA